UUGCGUGUGUACGCUAUUACAACCAGACGAGGACGACGGCGUAGCGUAGGGUUGUACGCGCCGCGGGGGCGCACGACGAGGAGAGAGGAACGAGAGAACGCGCGCACGUUCGGGAGAGAGAAACAGCGAGAGAAGGAGGAGGGAUGCUCGGAGGGGGAGGAGGAGAGAGAAGAUGAGUGAGAGAAUGAGAGGGCCGAUCGAGAGAGGGUGAGAGCAGCAGGGGGAAACGGAGCACACGGUACGGAGCAACCCCCAUUGCCUCGCCAGUGGUUCAGUCAGCGUUUCGCACCGGCGUCGCUUCGCUCCUCGCUCGGGAUCUCCUCCUCCUCCUCCUCCGGGUACGUCCUCGUGCACAUCGUCGCGUGCCCCCCGGUUGUCUCGCGAGAUCAAUGAGCCCGCGACAUAUCGGCAGCCGCGUCCGGGUCACGUUCGAGUAAAUCGCGCUCGUAAAGCCAUCGUGACGCAAAGCUGUCGGGAGAAAGAGCUGCUACAUCGAUAGUCAAGCUUGACAGUUAAAACUGCCACUUGUCGCUGCAGCUGAGGAUAGAGAAAGCGAGAGGGAGAGAAAUCUGGGCGAGAGAAAGGGAGAGUGCGUCGUGAUAAGUGCCAGAGCGUGGGCACGAGAUCGAAAGAAGGAAUCGAGGACCUGUACGGGUCCUUAACGUACAGGACGGUGCAUGUCUCGGACCUCGUUUCCCAGCUUUUCCUCCGGCAACGCUUUGUCCACGUUCCUGAGCUGGAGGCGUGCGGCCGACUUCUGUGCUGCGUGCAGAGGCUCUGCAGAAGCGGAAGUGCAACCGACGAGCCCGCCGAACAUCGGCUCAACGCUCGCGGUCGACGGGGAGCGCAAGCGGAGCCCGAGCUGGUGGAGGGUCAGGGUCCCUCGGGCCCGGAGGAUGGAAUGCUCGCUAUGCCCGUCAGCCCGAGUCCCGCGUCCACCUCGUCGCAGGAGGACGCCUGCAAACCGCUGCCGCGCAACUGCUAUCGUCUCGUUAUGCUCGGCAGUGCGCGCGUUGGAAAGACCGCCAUUGUAGCACGAUUUUUGUUCAACAAAUUUGAGGAAAGCUACACGCCCACGAUAGAAGAUUUUCACAGGAAGCUCUACAGGAUCAGAGGCGAGGUUCAUCAACUUGAUCUUCUAGAUACAAGCGGAAACCAUCCGUUUCCGGCGAUGCGACGAUUGUCUUUCCUGACGGGGGACCUCUUCGUCGUGGUGUUCAGCAUGGAUUGUCGGGAGUCCUUCGAGGAAGCUAUCAGGCUGAGAGAGGCAAUUCUCGAGACCAAAGUGAGCGCAACUCAAAGUGCCACGAAGAGCAGACGGCCUCACUACAGUUUGAAAGUCCCUAUGGUCAUCGUGGGAAACAAAUGUGAUAAAGAUGUUAAAACGGUCACGGUGGAGGAGGCCGAGCAAUAUUGCGUGAGUCAGGACGAGUGCUGUAUCUUCGUGGAGGCUUCCGCGAAGCGGAACUAUCACAUGGACGAACUUUUUUAUCAGUUAUUCGUAGUGGCCGGUCUACCUCUGGAGAUGGCUCCGAAUCAUCAUAGAAAAGUACCGCUCACCUUUGGCUCGCCGACCAUGUUCCCGCCGUCGCAGCCGCGACACAAAGCCACCCUCAGUAUAAAGCGUCGACUGAGCGACGCUUGCGGCGUCGUGGCGCCAAAUGUGCGCCGUCCCAGCAUAAGGACGGACCUGAUGAUCAUGCGGACGAAGACGUGUUCGCUCGCAGCCGGAAACGAGAACAAUACGCCAGGAUCCAGGAUCACGCUUAGAACCGGAAGAACGGACUCCAGGAAGGCCUGCUCGAUACAGUGAUAUUGCAAACGAUUCUCACACACGCGGACAAAUCUCUAGAAAUAUGAUAACGCGAUUUGAGAGCGAUCUUCGGAAACGAGUAUUGUUAUUUAUCCUAACGCAUUCGCAUCUUCGUUUUAUUAUAACUUUAAUACGAUCGUUGCGUGAGAUAUUUUAUUUCAUAAUUUACAAAAAUUCACUUGGGAAAUUAUUAUUGAGCGCUGAGAUCAGCUUUCGAUAGACGUAGCCACUUUCGUAAUUUAAAUAAAUUGCUACUCCUCGCGGUCAUAGGUCGAUUACAUUCCAUCUUUGUGUUGACAUUAAUUUAUUAUAAUUGGCACUUAUUAUCAUUAUUGAAAAUCUUUAAUAAAAUAAUCACUUUCUUUAUAUAUAUAUAUAUACACCAUUUUCAGCGAGACGAAAAAGAAAUAACCAACUUUAUCCAAACUUUACGUACACCAUGUGAAUCACGUGCGAAUGAAACUUUUGGGUUUACGAUUGUCAGACUCACACUGCGAAUACAAAGACAAAGCGGGUACUCGCGAAUGAAGAUCGCCAAAGGGAAAUCAUAUUUAAACUGACCACGCUACUCGCCUUAAUUAAUUAAUGGAAUAUAGCUUUAGCGUAAUAUCCCGAAGGUAACACGUAUAAUUAACUUAAGACCGAGCGAGAGAAAGAGACAGAGGGAGGUAAGCCGUUAAUUAAUCGUUGUCGAUCAAACAGUAAACGGGAAAUCGAUACCUCGACUAGCGACAUCGUUUGACAUUCGAUCGGAGGGUUCUCCGGUAGCAGCGAGAUGAUCGAAUCGCACGAAAGAGAACGCGCGUAUUCCUCUUAUCGGGUAGAACUUUUUAUCGAAAUUAUUCUCAACAAAAGAAUCUUCGCGAAGAAUAGGUCAAUUUGCGCGAUCGUGAGUGAGAAGUCGAGAAGUGUCAACGUUGUAUCAGUAAUGAGAGAGAUUGCGAAACGUAGUGAGAAAGCUUUCUCCGGGAUUAGUUAACUGCGCCCAUCGUCGCCUUACUCGAGCUCCGGACACGCGAAGGAGCGACGUUUAUAUUUCCGCGUGAGAUCUAUCUACAGCUUUGUAAUUCCAUUAAUAGUACUUGAUUCGAGAAACGAAUAUUUGAUCGUAGUAGCGCGCGUCUUUCUUCUGCUGAAUCUUUCGCGCGUACACGAAUAUCAUUUCGUUAAUUAAGGAUAAAUAGUUCUCUCAAAUUAAUCUUAUUACUUUCACGGCACAUCUCGCGUCUAGUUCGCGCUCGGUUUGCCGUUUUCGCCGCGCGCAACGACCAACAAGACCGCAUUGUUAACGACGCGACUCGCGUUUACAUACCACAUGCGUACGAAAUCAAUCGAUAUUUCCGUGUAUCGGCUUCCUUUUCCACACAUCUCGAACUUGUUGAAAUGCAUCGGGCGAGCGCGUGUAAAAUUGUUGUAUCGUCAAGCUGCGCGUGCAUACGAUUUAAACGCAAUCAAGUUAAAAAAUAUGUAUACAGAUUUAAAUCUUUCUCUCUCUCUCUCUCUCUCUCUCUCUCUUUUAAAAAGCUCCGUGCCCGGUGUUGCAACAACAAAGAAUUUAUUUGUAAAUCUUCUACGCAGUUUUAGCUUUUCCUCUAUGAAAUUACGUGGUGGGGAAAACGGGUAAGUAUAUUUAUCCGACAUAAGCGGAGGUUAGUCAACGAACGGGAUCUUGUUGAAAUUUUGUGAAAUUUAUCCGUUUCGGUUUACAGAGAUAUACUUUUCCUACAUACGGCUCAUCCGAUAAAACUGUCGAACGAUAAAAUAUUAUAGGCACGUAGAUCUCUGUGUGUGCGCGCUCGUGUGAAAUGUGAAUAAGCAUUCUUUCUCUUCCCAUAGACUCGGCUAUAGUUACUAUCUAAGGUAUAAAAUCGAUUUGACCAAUUAGGCAGCUCGUAAGUCAACACCGAAAAACAAGCGCGAGGCUUCGUUCGGUGGAGUUACAUCGCGCUGCAAGUGGUAAAGAUAAGCAACAAAAUAAAAUUAAAAAAAAAAAAAGAAAAAGAAGAAACGGUUAGUCGCGACAUGCACAAUCGUGUUCGCAUUUUGUAUCGAAUAAAUGACAUUUUCUCCACGACCUUGCCACGAUUUUCUUAGUACUUUUUACACCCAUUUCCCGAAGUAAAGCAAACGUUAAAAUAUUUUUGCACCGCCGCGCCGGCGUUAGUACUUUUGAUCCGCGAAUUAAGUGAUGAGAAAUCGCUUUCUCUGAUCGCCCCGAGCGGGAAAUUGACUUAAACCAGAUUUCCAUCAUUAGCACCGCGAGCUACGAUUUGUCGAUUAUCACCUCCGGCAAAGUACUCUAUCUUAUUGGUUUGAUCGAUAACUCGUUAGUCGAAUUUUCUCAGAUAUUAAUCGCGCGCUCUUCGAUGCGGUUAGAAAUAGUCGCUAGAAUGAGAUGAAUACGAUACGGGUCUGCGCGGGCGCCCAUCAGAUUUUUCGAUGGAUAAUAACGCUGCGUACUGAAGUAAUUUCAACGAAAGCACUUUCGAUCGUGAUUACAAGCCAAACAAUAAAGCUCGUAUAAAACAGUAGAUAUUUAAUUAAUGUUCAUUUGACGUUCAAUUGACAUUUAAUUGAUGUUUAAUUGACGCGAUAUUUAAUCGACAUAAUUGAUACUCGAAUAAUGGGAAAUACAAUUUUCGUAAUUAACAUUGACCUUUUGCGUUUCUCGUUGUAUUCUCCCGCUUUUUUUUCCAAUAAGAAAGAAUCAAUACGUGUUAUUCAAUGAUAUUAAAAGCCCUAGAAACCCUCUCUGUUACCUGAAAGCUAAUACAAGUUUCAGUUCAAUAAAACUGAAACAAAGAGACGUGAAUGAGUUUUCGUUGUUCGAUUGAAAGCGACGACGCACAGAAAUAGGUAUACUCCAGAUAACUCGAGUAUAAAAAUACGACAUCAAAGUACACUAGGAUCUUCUUUUAGCUUGAUAAAAGAUUUAAUAACUUUAUUUUGCUCAGCAUAUAAUUAUUUAUUAUAAAUUUGUAAUAUUAAUAUUUUAGUUUUAUCCAAAAUAAUUAAACUUUGAAAAAUAGCCAUUUUGUGAUAAUAUAUGCAUUUAUAAAUUGCGAUAUGAUUCUUGUGAUGCAAUUGUAACGCAAUUGCAUGCGUAAUUAAGCAAAUCGGAUUUUAAUUUAUUCAUUUUGUAUUGUUUUACUUUUUUAUGUCACUCUUAACUUGUGAGCUGGCUCUGUUGUAUUGAUGUAUGCAUAUUUCGACCUAAUUGAGUUGUAAGUUUUAAUUGUUUCCUGUCCUAUCACCUAGCCUUUUUAUUAGACUUUUAUUACUUUUUGCUAUCACUGAAAGCUCUGUGCAACCAAAUGUUCGAGAGUUUAGUUAUUGAAUUUAGCAAUAAAACCUUUUGAGAUUAAUUUAAGCUAAUAAACGUUUAAAUAAAUAAAACUUUAUUUCAAAUUCAAGAUUUUAUUUUUAUGCUCGUUUAUUGUGUAUUACCAAUGCCAGCUUGAUAUUUUAUUAAUAUAAUAAGAAAAACAAGCUUUUGGCAAAGUAAAUUAAACUCUCCAGUAAAGUCCACAUUGAUAUAAAAUGUAUACAUGUGCAUAAUUUAAUUUAAUUUACUUAUAUUUGUUUUAUCUUACUUUAAUUUCUCAUCUUGUCUUAUUUAGAUCACAAUUUGUUUUCGUUUUAUCUAAUCUAAUGCUUGAGCAGGAUAAAUAGACACACAAGCUACAUAAAUAUUAAUUUCACUGACAACAUGUAUCAUAUAAAAAUUUCCCCCAAGAGACUUUCAGUGAAAGAUUUAAGAUGGCUAUUCCGGCAACUUAUGCAAUCUAAAAUUUAUGCUUCCAGAAAAAGAUUUACAGUCCGCAGGAUGUUCGAAAAAAAAGGGCCGUUACCACACGCGUUGACAGCGGUUUCGGUUUAGUAGAAAAGCAUAAAUGCACUACGCGUGCAUUCUACUAUCGUGGAAUGUUUAAUUAAACUCUGCCGAGAACUAGGAGCAUUCCAGACACACUGUGCGACACACUGGAGGUCUCUAUACGUCAUAUAAUUUGCAUCUUUGCAACGUACGUUGUUAAGACGAUAUUGGUUUUAAAAUUUUAUACGGUGUUUACGCGCCUGCAGCGUCGUUUUUCUAAGAAGCCUUACAGAAGAGAGAAAACCUGAUAUUAGAAAACGUUGCUUAAACGUAAAGUGAAAAUUUCUUAGCUUUACAAAUCGUUUCUAAAAAUAGAAAAAAGUGAAAAACUGUAAAAAAAAAAUUAUAUUAUAAUCUUAUUCGUGAUUGUAAUAAGCAUAUUAUUAAUUAUUAACAAACAAAUAAUUAAUUCUCUAUCUAACGAGAUUACUAAUGUAACUAAGCAUAAAUUAAAAUAUUUAUAUUUGUACCUACAUAUAUUUUUCUGUUUGUUAAGAUAUUCGUUAAAAAUAAAAUAAAUUGUAAAAUUAAAAUUUACAUUAAGAUACAAGAUAUUAACACUUUGCGGUCUGCCAGUAUACUAAAAAUAAAACGGAAUACUUUAAUUUUAAUAUGUGUUUAUGGUAAAACUUCUGCGGCUUAGGUUGUAUUAUACAUACAGAAAAAAAUCAAUUCUGCUGCUAAAAAAAGCGACUACUCGCAAUUUACCUUUUUUCUUCUAGUAAGUAAUGUUUAUCUUUAAAAAAGUACAUUUUCUUGAUAAUUAUCUUAAAAUAUAUUCAUCACAAAUUUUAGAAAAACUUCUCAUAACUCAUUAUCACAUAAAAAAUAGAAUUUAUAUUCUUUCCAAGAAUAUAAAAUCGCAUCGAGGAAUAAUAAGUAAAUCAAAUUUUUGUUUUAAUAUUUUUGAUUGAAGUAUUAGAUUAUUAAAAUUCAAAAUAUAUUUUGAAUAAAUUUAACGCUUAUGUUAAACUUAUGAUAAAUUUGCGAAUAUGUGAACUUCUGAAAUAUUAAAAAUAAGUAACAUUUAUGUGGGAAUAAGACUGAUUAAUCAAGUCAUUGAACUGAUUGAGACGUGAAUGUUACGACAUGCAUUCGUAAGAGCGUUUGGACGAUUACUCUACGAGUUUAAACGUAUGCACGUUUAUGAUCCUACAUUUACUUAUGUAUAUAAUUAAUUCAAUUAAUUCAAUUAAUAAUCAUUAUCAAUUAAUUAUAUAACUCAAUUAAUUCACAGUACGUAUUUUUCCGUAUGCACGCAGAAAGGAGAAGUUUAUUUUACGUAAAUAUUCGUUUCAAGUAAAUAUGAUGAGUAUAUUUUCAAGAUUACUAUUUUAAGAAAACAUUCUUUAAAAACAGUAAAAAUAAUUUUAUAAAAAUAA